GUAAAAUGCACCCCAGAAUCGUUGUUCUGAAAACAACGCAGGCAGUCCGCUCCCGUUGAAGUCCACUCCAGUGUUUAGUUCCGAUGUUCCUCCCCCUUGAACAACCGCAUCUUCUGUGCAGAACUGGAUGGUAACAGGGAGAAAGCAUUUGGAUCAUGAUCGCAGCAUUCGGAAAUGAAAAUCCCGAGACGUGCUUCUCCUCGCUGAAAACGGUGAUCAGUCCUGAGGCACCCGUCUCGCCUCCGGAAAACGAACCCCUCUUUAUUCGGAACACCUCGUUCAGACGAAAGUCGCAGAGUUCCAGUGGUACUGGUAACCCGGAGGAGAGCAUCACCAGACCUCUAGUCCCCGGCGCUUGUGCCGCAGCUGCCUACAUCAUGACAUCGGGCGAGUUCCUGCAAGGUUCACCGCUGUACCUACGCAGCUCCAAAAGGAACUUGUUCUACAAGGUGCUGUGCUUUGCAAUUCUCGUCUUCCAAGGAGGCGUCCUGGAUUUUUACCUGAUCGUCUUCACUGAUCUGUAUUGGUGCUCCUGGAUAGCCACUGACCUGGUGGUCAUGACGGGCUGGGGGAUCUUUUUCUUGAAAAACGCGAGGAGCAAGCGAGAGCGAGCUUGCAACCUACAGCCCCCAAAGAGCGCGCUUCAUCACGGCGACUUCACCUUUGCAUACCUGGCCUGGCUCAUCUAUGUGAUUGCUUGUACUCCCAAGGUGGUGCUCAUUUUAGAAACGUCCAUCCUGGAUCUCAUUGAACUCAAGGUGCCCCUGGGCAUCACUGGCUUCAGGAUUAUAAUGAUGCUCUCUGUGCCGCUGCUCUACUGCCUGAUUAAUUCGAUAACCGAGGAUCAGACUGGGGUGACGCGUUUCCAGUCACAAUAUUAUUAUAUCGGCACUUGCCUAGACCUUCUGGACAGCUUCACUCUGAUCGAGAUGCUGCUCAUGAGUGAGAUCCCAACACUCUACCUCAAGUACACGGUCAUUGCCGUCUAUUUCUGGGUUCUAAGUCUCCCAGUUCUUUGGCUGUAUGAACUGAACUCCUCGCAAAUGGGGUGCAGGUGGAUCUGGGCAAGGUUUCUUUCGGGCGUCUUAGUUAACGUUCCCCUGUUGGUUGUCAGGUGCUUCCUGGUUUAUGUGUAUCAGCUUCCGGCAUCGGUCUUUAUGUUCAAAAACAUGUUCUUCUUAGGUUGCAAAUGCCUGGAGCUGAUGGAGCAGUGCCUCACCCUGAAAGGGGCCAGGAGGUAUUCUAGCACCCCGGUGCCUUUCACGCAUUGCAUCUCCGAAAAUGAUAUGUGUCCUCAUGGGUAUGUGAAUACGCUGGCAGUGACCACUCAGAAUUAGGUUGAAGGAAUGGUGUUUGGGUGGCAGUGCUUGCUUGGAUCCAUCUCAUGGCCUCCUGCAGUUACGGAACAGUUUUUCUACAGUUCAAUCAUUCUACAGGUGCUAUUUUCCAAUAUCACCCAAUCUUCAAUAAAACAGAUAUGGAGACAGUGAGUGGUAAAGGCAUAAGAACGUUGUCAUGAUGGUAAAGUUUAAACCUGAGUCUAUUUGUACCAUUAACAUAUACUUGCUCCCUAUUUUUUAACUUAAAAGUAUUUAUUAUUAAUUGCACUUUAGCCAGCUUUCAAAAUGUUUGCUCAAAUGUGAAUUGCUAUUUCAACAAAAUAAGGUAAAACUGAAACUAUAGUUAUUAGUUUAUUUCCAAUGUAAAUAUUAAUAAACCGUGUGGCAGUAUGCCAUGAUAUACUGGUUAUGAACAGAGUUAAAAAAGAAUACAGAGUAAAAAAAAUCCAUAAUCCAUAAAGGAUGUGCACACUUGAGAUCAAUGGCUUUAAUUAAUUACUCUUUAAGAAUAGGGUCAACCUUUUUUAUGGCUCUCAUACAUUCAUCCUAUAUAGAGAUCCUGCAGUUUUUCCUAAACUUUUUUUUUUAUUUUAAAUUUUUUUUGGCAUAUUCAGGCAUUACUCAUUUUAAAUAAUUCCAUAAACCCAUGAAAAGGGGUUAAAAAACCAAAGGGUAUAAAUGAUUCAAUUUUCAGAAUGUGCUGCUUUUUCUUUCUUUUGGUUUUCCAAAUAUUCUACAAUUCACUGGCUUAUUCCAAUGUGAAUGACUUUCAUUGUUUCAUUAUUGGUUCUUUGCAUGUAGUUCUGAUUUGCAUAAUUUUUGUUUUGAAAUGAAAAUGGCAUAAAUGUGUAUCAGCGUAAUUUAUAGAUUCAGACACAGUACACCUUUCAGUACUACUGUAUAAAUAAAAUAUUUUACCAGCUUGGAACACCUUUCAGCUUAAUAACAAUUAUGUCUGUGCACAGUUUUCGCAUGUUUUGCCAGUUCCAAAUCCCUCCAGUAGGCAGUUAACUUCUUUGUAUUGUAAAUAGCAAAUGUACUGUACCUUGUAUUUUCCUUGAAAAAUAUCCCUAGCUGUAUUAGUAGUUGUACUUGUUAUAGUAAAACAGUGAGAACAGCAGUAACCCUAAAUGUUCUUUUUUGGUUGAUUGUUUUGGUUACUUAUUAUAGUGGUAUUUUUGAAAUAUAUCUUAUUCUUUUGUAUUCUUUAUAUGUUUCACAACGCACUGUAGGGAUCUUUAUUUGAAGAUUCCCAUCUAAGCUAAAUAACAGUUGGUAGCCAUUGCUCCUGAGCCAAGGGUAUAAACAACUUUUGAAAACUUUUUAUUGGUGAAAACGUUAGCAGUCACUGCCUUUUUUCCUGUGAAUUUUUAUAUCAUUUAAUGAGCCAUAAAUCAAUGAAAUUUAGUUACAUAUACAACAGAACAUUCUUAGGAUACUGGAAAUAAGGGCUAGAGGGUACAAUGACAUACUUUUAAUGUAACUCUUCCAAGUACAGUAGUUUACAAUCGACUGUCAGAAUGCCGAUUUUCCCUAGGUUUUAAUGUGAGCUCAGUCUGUAAAAUGUGAACCUUCUGUUAGUGCCCUAGCCAGAAAUAUUUGUAUGCAAAGAAUGUUGCGUGAUCUACCUGUAUUUCAAGUGCAGUUUAAAUUGGUUGUUAUCUCCUGGAGGUGUGCCUUCAGAAAAUAAGUGAUUGUUUCUUUCUAAAUGU